GCAGUUUCUUUGGUUCCUUCAUUGUCAGCCCUCCUGCGGCCUGCCCUGUCACUUUCGGGAUCGUUUCAUACACUUUCAAGAAUGUCGACCGAUCUGAUCUUCUCAGACAUCCACUCCCUGAACAGGAACCAAGCCCUGGAUAUUCUUGCCCAGAUCGCACGUGUCGAGAGAAAGAGUUUUCCUGCCAAUGAGGGCAUGAGCUUUGGAGAGGAGCUUUGGCGCAAGAAGCCUAACACGAGGGUCCUGUAUGCCCACCUCCCAGGCGCAACCCCCCCGCUGGUUCUGGCUUAUGCGGUCUACGUUCGCCAGAAAGGCAUUGCCCUGCUCCAUAAAGUCUGCGUAGCCGAGAAUCAUCGCCGUCGGGGCGUAGGGUUCCAGCUAAUGGGCUACGUUCGCGCUCGUCUGCAAAGGGAGGGUUGUCAGUAUGUCCAGUUAUGGGUGGACAAGGACAGAGCCCCAGCCAGAGCGUUGUACGUCCGCAGUGAUUAUGCGGAGCGCGAAGAAAUCCCAGAUUACUAUGGACCAGGUCGGACUGGCAUUAGAAUGGUCCUGGAUUUGUAGUCAAAUAACCCUUGAGACCUUGGUUUGUUGCUGCUGCCCCUGUCACUCCUGUGGCAUCGCUUGUGUGUCCCCUGGAUAAGCU